CUGGGAAGCCAAGGAGUGUUUUCCGAAAGCUGUUUAUCUGAAUUCUGAAAUCACAGUGGCUGUUGGCUGCUGCGCUUUUAAGCUCUCUGCCCCAGAUCACACUGAGGGUUCCAGAUGAAGCCAGAGUUGGGGCAGGCCCUCUUUCAUGUGGCUGUAGCAGGCUGCCUGUGUGCUGCUACCGUCUACACAGGCAUUUUCGAGGGUGUCUUCGUCCAAGUGGGCUAUGAGCACUAUGCAGAAGUGCCCGUGGCCGGCCUCCCAGCCUUCCUGGCCAUGCCCUUCAACUCGCUCGUGAACUUGGGCUACGUGCUCCUGGGUGUGUACUGGUUGCGGAGGAACAGCAGUGCCCCAGGGUUCCCAGUGGAGAUGGGGAGGGCCAGCUACCUGGAAGCCGUCUUCGCGGGCAUGGCGCUGCUCUACGGUCCUGUGCAGUGGCUGCGCAUCUGGACCCAGAUGCACUCCGCCGCGGUGCUUGACCAGUGGCUCACUUUGCCCAUCUUUGCGUGGCCGCUGGCCUGGUGCUUCUACCUAGACAGGGGUUGGAAGCCCUGGUUGUUCCUGUCCAUCGAGUGCCUCUCCCUGGCCAGUUACGGCCUUGCACUACUGCACCCUCACGGGUUCGAGGCCACACUGGGUGUUCACGUGGUGGCCACAGUGGGGCAGGCCCUGCGUGCCCAGCGUCGGUAUGGCAGCACCUCCUCAGCCACCUACCUAGCUCUAGGAGUGUUCUCCUGUCUGGGCUUCAUGGUCCUCAAGCUGUGUGACCAUCAACUCACACGGUGGCAUCUCUUCCAGUACCUCACAGGCCACUUCUGGUCCAAGGUCUGUGAUGUGCUCCAGUUCCACUUUGCGUUUUUGUUUCUGACAAAUUUAAGCACUUGCCAAAGACUCCAUCCUGAGAGGAAGACACAUUAAAGUGUAGAAAGAAGCUAUUAAUACUUAAAACUGAUGACCCCCCACCCAAUUGAAAUGGACUGUUAGAUGACAGUCUACUACCAGUGCUGGUGUCCUGGGUGUGAUGAUAUAUGAUGAUUACACUAAAGACCGUCCUUCCUUUAGAAGUUACAAGCUUCAGUACUCAGGCAUGAAGUGUGAUGACCUCUACAGCUUACUUUCAAAGACAUAAAGCAAAGAUCUAGGUGCGGGAUCUGUACGUGUUCCUUAUACUAUUCUCUCAACUUUUCUGUGGUUUGAAAUGUUUUGAAAUAAAGCAUCAGGGAAUGGUGGAAAUAACCUCAAGAAAUCCAUCAUGUUCACAGUUGGAAAGAGAAAAAAAAAUAAAAAAAUAAAAAUAAAUAAAAAUAAAAUAGUGUGAUGUAAUAUCAAGUACUUUUUAAGUUGAAGCCUCAAUGACAAGGAGCAGCCAGCCUUGUCUUAGGAAAGAACAGUCCAGGCAGAAGUUUUUAAGGUGCAAAACCUUAAAAAUACAAGUACCUUUUAAAUGCAACUUACAAGAAUGUUCUUCUUGUAAGUAUACAAAAAAAAAAAAGAUAGAUAUAGACAGAUAGAGGUAGUUGCACUAUUGUUUACAGUAGCAAAUGACUAUAAACAAUCUAUCCAUAGGAAUUUGUUAAAUACAAAUGUGCUUCCAUGAAAUAGAGCAUCUCGUGGUUGCUGAAAAAUGAGGUGGCUUUCUCUAUAUAAGCUGAUAUGGGAAGACCUCUAAAUGGUGACUAGGAUUCCAGGCUGUUUGCAUCCAGUGGUUCUGCCAUUCGCUAGAGCCUCCUCGAAAUCCUCUACUGAGUUUGUGCACUUGACUACCUAACCAACAGCAGAGACAGAGAGAGAUUAUAAGAAGUUACACAAGACAGUUCAAAAGUUGGGCCCUGUUGGGGUGCACGUCACACCCACCCAUAGUCCAUGAAGUCUCACAGCCCCACCUACACUGUAGGGAGGCUGGGAAACGUAGAUGAAAUGUGCGUAUUAGUUUCUUUUUUUUUUCUUUGUUUUUGGAGACAGAG